CCAACUGUGCUUUUCGUAGAGCUGCAUAUAAUAGCUUAGUUGUCAUGACAAGCUUGGUUCAGUUGCCAACAGCUUUUUGAUUCGUGAAGACGUGAUACGUGCAGUAGAAUAGGCUUCAAAGAAUAACGGUGCUGUAGCAUAUUUAAUAUUUGAAAUUAACGCUAGUGAUUUUCGUUCAAUUAUCAACCAAGAUGAAACGAGUUAUGCUUUUUGGCAUGAUUUUUGCAGUGUUUUUAGUGGAGGUUAAAUUAGAAGAAAGCCUCUUUGAGCAGGACCUGAGCGAGCAGUUUAAAAUUGAUGCAUCCACUAGAGGACUUCAAAAGGUUAAUCUUCGCUGUGGUGCCGAUUCAAUGCGUAUCGAACUGAAGACGGAGGAGGACUUUGAUGGUGUGAUGUACACGAGAGGCAGUUUUUAUAAACAGACUGAGCCGUGUUUCGUAAAACCAAAACGAGCUGGUAAAUCGUUGGAAAUGAAGUUUAACUUGGAUCAGUGUCAAACCAUCAACGAGGGUGAGGUGUACUCCAAUAUUGUUGUCGUGCAGCAUGACCCCGAUUUAGUGACUCCUGGAGACGCUGCAUUUGCUGUUGAGUGUGACUUCCGCAAACCACGUGGUGUGACUGUCAGUUCACAAUUCCAGGCCAGAGAUAGCGACACACCCACAUCGCGCAUCACUUUGACAAGCCCCGACCCUUCGGCACCCACGCAAGAUCACAACAACCAAAAUUCGGUUUUCAGCGAUACGGAUACGGUUUCGUUCGUGCCGAGUCACUUCUCUAACCAAACCAAAGAACAGCAACACGUCAAGGGCUCGGUAGAAACCGUCGAAAUUUCAUCUAAUAGAAUCACCGAUGAGUUGUGAAUCUUUUUUGCUUUGAAUGAUAAUUCAUGGACUUAAUUGGAAGUGGUUUGAAUUUUCUGUUUUGUUUCAGGCUCUAAUUUUCCUUUUUCCGUAUGUUUCAGGCCUGUAUUGCAGAAAGUUAACGCUACUCCUUCACAUCCUUCUGAGAAAUAAUAAGUCAUCUAUAAAAUCAUUAUUUCGUACUCUAUCAAACGCUGCUGAACUGAUUACUAAUCCUAUUUAAUCUACGUAUUUCAUUUGCAGUAGUCUAUUCCUAGUAUGCUUCCGUAAUACCUAACGGUAUACUAAUCAGAAUUACCAGAGCAUGCCAAUGGUAGCCAAUAGCAUGUAUAGUAUUUUAGAAGUUAGAAGUUGUGGAUAUGGGCCCUACGUGUAUGUCUGAGUAGAAUUCGUCACUGUUAUAAGUGAGAUAAUUAUAGGUAGAAUUUGAUUAGAAUAACAAAUGUGUGAAAUUUUGUGUUGGUAUGAAUGAGAUGUUUGAUCAAAGUUACCAACUGCUGAAAGCCAAUGAAUAAAUCUGAUACCAUUAUUCA